AUGGUACUCUGGGUGGCCUUGAUAGUUUUAAGCUACAUCCAGUCAGUACACAGCCAAAACUACGAUCUCCAUUUUAAAAAUCCUGUUAAUACAGUGUUUUCUACUCUUGGGAUCAACAACGAGCUUCAGAACUUGAUAAGAAGUCCAGUAAACUUUCUAAGGGACCAGUUGUUAUCUUAUUCUCAACAGUCUGUGGACUCUAAAGAUGAUGAUUCCAAAGUUUGUGAAACAAAGGUCUUGUCGCUUGUUGAGUCCUUGAAAACUGAAGAAAGUCUCAAAUUUGUUGAUGCACUUGGUAAACCUCCAAGUGGUUUUCUCAAUGGUAACACAGUUCUCAUGGGAAGUUAUGACACAUGUACAUCUAUGAUCAAAUCCGCGGGCUAUGGUAGCAACUACAAACCCUGUAAAAUAAAGGCUCUUAUGACAAUGGGCAACAAUUCAGUUGGUGGCACCCCACUUACAUGGACAGUUUGUUUUCCACAAGAAUGUCGUGGUGGCAACUUCACUUCCCUUAAGCAGGGUUUACUCAAAAUAAUAAACAGCCGGUGGGAUCCAGUGCACAUAGCUGAAAGUAGUGUAGUCACAACAUGUGAUACAGAUUACAACUAUAGCGCUGGAUCGUACUGUGCUAUUGUCCUGAUAUCAGUGAUUGCGUUCAUGGUGCUAGUCGGAAGUAUGUGGGACCCUGUAGUGAUGCUCGUGACAUCUCUGAAAGUAGCAGAGGAGAGGAAGGUUCUGGUUAACAGUGAAGAAGGUGGUGCAGUGGAUGAGAUUGUCCCAGAUAGUCCUGCUGUCCAGUCAAAACCUGUCUUGGACCCAUUUAAAAGCUCUACUUUAGGCGAGGUGUUGAAGUGUUUCUCUGUGCAGCGAACAGUUGGAGCCCUUCUAAACACCACUACCAAGGAGGGACAAAUCCUCUGCAUGAACGGAAUCAGAGUCCUGAGUAUAAAUUGGGUUGUUCUGGGCCAUGUUUACUAUAUCGGACUUGGAGCUGCAGAUUACACUGACUACAUAUCCAUGUGGCGUAAAAUUCCAAUGGCAAUAAUCUAUAAUGCAUUACCAGCAGUCGAUACUUUCUUCUUCAUAAGCGGUUUCCUUGUUUCUCUUCUCCUCUCAAAAGACCUGGCAAAAAGAGGAAAGUUUAACGCUGUUGGUUACUAUCUACACAGAUACUUACGGUUAACUGUACCGUUUCUUGUCGUGACUCUUGGACAAGGGUUUCUUGCUCAGAUAUUUAUUAGGGGCCCGUUUGAGGACAUCCUUACUAAAGGUAGUGAAAACUGUAACAAGUGGUGGUGGACUAACAUUCUCUACAUCAACAACUUCGUCCCUUGGAACAAACUAGAAAUAUGCGUUGGACAGUCCUGGUAUUUAUCUAAUGAUUUCCAGUUCUUCAUUGUAGCCCCACUCUUCAUCUGGCUUCUUUACAAAUCACCUAGAACUGGAAUUGCUGUAACAAUGACUACGCUAGUCUGUAGUUGUGUGGCUGCGGGCGUCAUUACUUACGGUUAUAACCUGGGCCCUUCCACUGUAUUCGAUCCGAAUGCUGCCAACUUCACAGACUUCAAGCUGCUGUACGAUAAGCCGUGGAUACGUUGCCCUCCCUAUCUGAUAGGACUGCUUGGAGGCUGGUUUUGCUUCAAGAACCUGGACAGUCUCAAGUUGUAUAUCAGCCGACUCCGCUUCAUAACGAGGCUGCUACUCAGUGUGGUAAUCUGGAUAACUACCUGCACUGUCCAGUACUGGGUUACAUUCGGUCUUCACAAUGAUAUGCUCAAGAAGACAUCUGGAGAAAAUAUAAGUCUGACAGGGAGUGUGAUGUACGAGACAUUUGCUAGAUCUAGUUGGGGGAUAGCUUUACUGGUUCAGAUUGUCAGUUGUCAGUGUGGAUUAGGAGGUAAGACAUUUGCUAGAUCUAGUUGGGGGAUAGCUUUACUGGUUCAGAUUGUCAGUUGUCAGUGUGGAUUAGGAGGUAAGACAUUUGCUAGAUCUAGUUGGGGGAUAGCUUUACUGGUUCAGAUUGUCAGUUGUCAGUGUGGAUUAGGAGGUAAGACAUUUGCUAGAUCUAGUUGGGGGAUAGCUUUACUGGUUCAGAUUGUCAGUUGUCAGUGUGGGUUAGGAGGCAAGACAUUUGCUAGAUCUAGUUGGGGGAUAGCUUUACUGGUUCAGAUUCUGAUGUCAUUAAAGAAUGCCGUACUGUUUAGUGUCCUAACAGCCGUAUGUUGUCAGAUCCAAAUACCUAUUUCCUCCCAAGACCUUAACCCAAUCUUUGGUGAUUUCAACCCCGGUUUAACGAAUUUCUCACUUCCGGGAAUAAAUUUGGGAGAAGAACCCAAGUUGUCUGAUGUGGCUGACUCGCUAUGUUUGACAAAGAUCAAGGGAUUGUAUAACGGGCUGACGACUUUCAACCAGGAAAGCAUCGCUUUUUUUGAUGCGGCUGGGAAGCCAGGACCCGGACUGACUCAAGGGAACUUGCUUAUGAUGGGAGGAUAUGACAUGUGCCUGAGUAUCAAGAAUGCUACAGCCGGCUACUACAACUUCUGUUAUGUGGGUGCCCCGGGUAAACUUUUCGGAUAUCCGAUAAGAAUUGACUGGACGGGGUGUCUACCUGUAGAAUGUCGUAAUGGUAGCAACACAGACGUUGAGAAAUGGAUAAGUUCGUUCAUACCAUUUGGGCAGCUAGUCUUGGAGCCUGGGACCAUGAAUUGCGAGACUGAUGUAGAGCUCGGUACUGGUGCUAUUUUGGGAUACGUCUACCUUGGCAUUGUCGCUUUUCUUGUUGUUUUAGGGACACUGUGGUACACAUGUCAUCCUGUAAUCAAGAGUAUCAUCACCUCUGGACCUCCUGAAGACAGACAAGUUCUGGUGGAUUGUGAGGAGAAUAACGAGAUCAUUCCAGACACACCGCAGGAGGGUGAAAGUGCUGGCAAACCAGCCCAACCUCGGUCAGUGGCUCAGCCUGAACAACAGACGGAAUCUUUGCUCAGCAGAUUCUGGAAAUGUUUUGCGUUGCAACGCUCGUUUGGGAGCCUCACCAGCACAACCACCAAGCCAGGACAGGUGCUCUGUUUGAACGGAAUCAGGGUACUUAGCAUAAACUGGGUGGUUUUGGGACACACUUAUCUCAACUACAUGGGACUUCUCGGCGACAAGAUGUAUCUGGGGACUCUGCUGAACCGGAGGAAUAGUCCCAUUAUUAUAAACGCAAAUCCGUCAGUGGACAGCUUCUUCGCGUUGAGUGGUUUCUUAGUUGCGUAUUUGUUGCUGAAACAGUUAGCUAAAAGUGGUGGUCCUAGAAAGAUGGGAGUAGCUAAGUGGGUAGCUUAUUAUCUUCAUCGUUAUCUGAGACUGACAGCUCCUUAUCUAAUGGUCGUGUUACUAGAGGGAUUUCUGUACAGACAGUGGGUGACUGGACCGCUAACCUUUGCCAUGGACGGCCCGGAUAAAGCAUGUCAAGACUACUGGUGGGCAAAUAUCUUGUAUAUCAACAACCUGGUCCCCUGGAAAGCGACGGAAGUAUGUGUGGGACAGACCUGGUACCUGUCAAAUGAUAUGCAGUUCUACCUUAUCGCACCUGUCUUCGUCGUGCUUCUCUUUUGGAAACCGUUAACAGGGAUAUUAACCAGUGUUGCUGUUAUUUUAUCCAGUACAGUAGCAACUGCUAUAAUUACCUAUCACUACAGACUGGGCCCUGCUUCAGCAGCUGAUUUGAACGAUGAUAACUUUUGGCUCGUGUACAACAAACCUUGGAUACGUAUAAAGGCUUACUUAGUCGGAAUUCUUGGCGGUUGGAUCUAUUGGAAAUACGGACAGACUUUGCAAGACCGUGUUAACAAGAUGCCUGAGUGGAGGAAGGUUCUUGUAGCAUGUCCCAUUUGGGCUGCCACGUGCGCUAUACAGUGGGCUGUUGUCUUCGGGCUAUACGACGACAUAAAGAACGCUAGGCUAGAGAACAAACAACCUGGUGAAGCAGACAGCAUAUCCUACAGCAGUUUGGCUCGUAUAGCCUGGUCCACCGCUCUCACGGCACAGAUCUUACUGUGUCAGAGCGGUCUGGGCGGCUUCAUCAACUCUAUUCUCAGCUGGAAUGGUUGGCUGGUAUUGGCUAGGCUCACUUACUCGGUUUACCUUUUACAUUUGGGCUUGAUGAGAGUGCUGGCGGUUAUAAUCAGGCAUCCUUUCUACUUCAAUCCUGACUUUGAACUGGGUGUGAAGUAUCUGGGUAUCUUGAUGAUGUCCUACCUGGCAGCAAUAAUUCUCUAUGUGUGUGUCGAGCAACCCCUUGCUUUUCUUGAGGCUCUAACAUACAGAAGAUAAAGAUAUUUGUAUAUUUUAGUAUGGUUUAUCGUUACUCUUUAUUGUUAAUGUUAUGUACAAUGUAUAUUGUAUAAUGUACAUAUUGUA